UAAGUUAAUUAUUUAGGUUGUUUUAUUUAUUCAUCCUUCAUUAUUUUGUGUUUGGUUACAUUCAAUAUUCAAUAUUGUUUUUUUUUCGCAUCAAAAAUCAAUAACGUAUCGAUAAUCGCAAACAACAAAAAAAAACGCAAAGGAAAGGAAGCGAUUUGAUAAAGUAAAAAAAAAGAAGAAGACAAUGACGAAUGACGAAACAGGUACGAAUAAUAAAAAUGUUGUUCAUUUGAAUGGAACAUCUGCUCGUUAUACAAAUGGGCAACCUCCUGAUCCAACAACAACAACAACAACAACAACAACAUCAAUGGCAAUGACAAAUACAGAAAAAUUACCAGAAAAUUAUCGUCCACGUGAACAAUGGGCUAAUAAAUUAGAAUUUGUAUUUGCCUGUAUGGCAUAUGCAAUUGGUCUUGGAAAUGUAUGGCGUUUUCCAUAUCUUUGUUACAAAAAUGGUGGUGGUGCAUUUUUCAUUCCAUAUUUCAUAUUUUUAGUAUGUGGUGCUGCUCCUAUACUAUUUCUUGAAGUAGCCAUUGGUCAAUAUUUUCGUCAAGGUGGUAUUACUGUAUGGCGUGAAAUAUGUCCAUUAUUUCGUGGUAUUGGAUUCGGUACUGUUACAAUAUCGUUCAUAUUAAAUUGUUAUUAUAUUGUUGUUAUUGCUUGGGCAUUACUUUAUCUUUAUUAUUCAUUACGUGGUGAUCUAUUAUGGGCUAGUUGCGAUAAUGAUUGGAAUACUGAUCGUUGUUGGACACAAUCAAUGAAUACUACACCUGGAAAUGGUUCGGUCAAUUCGGUUAUCGAAUUUUGGGAACAUAAAAUAUUGCAGAUUAGUCCCGGUAUUGAUCAACCAAAUGGUUUUCAAUGGGAAUUAGUGUUAACAUUAGCUAUUGCUUGGAUUAUUUGUUUCUUUUGCAUUUGGAAGGGUGUUAAAUCAACCGGAAAAGCUGUCUAUGUAACGGCAAUAUUUCCAUAUAUUGUCAUUACGGCAUUAUUCAUUCGUGGCAUUACAUUACCCGGUGCUAGUGAAGGAAUCAAAUUCUAUCUUUAUCCGGAUUUUUCUCGACUACUUGAUUCACAAGUAUGGAUGGAUGCUGGUACGCAGAUUUUCUUCUCCUAUGCUAUCGCUCUUGGUUGUAUGGUUGCAUUGGGCAGUUAUAAUACGUUCAACAAUAAUUUCUAUUAUCAAUUAUUAUUCUUGACUGGAGCUAAUUCCGGUACAUCUAUCUAUUGUGGAUUUGUUAUAUUCUCUAUUCUGGGUUAUAUGGCUCAUGAACAACAUUUGAAUAUAAGUGAUGUUGCUGAAUCUGGUCCAGGUUUAGCAUUUAUUGCUUAUCCUCGUGCUGUAGCAAUGAUGCCUGGAUCAUCAUUUUGGGCUGUUAUGUUUUUCGUUAUGAUUUUAUUAUUGGGUUUAGGUUCACAAUUUGUUGGUGUUGAAGGUUUUGUUACUGCUAUGGUAGAUUUAUUUCCACAAUAUUUACGUAUUGGUAAACGUCGUGAAUGGUUUAUAUCUGGUGUUUGUUUUGUUAGUUUUUUGAUCGGUUUAUCAAUGGUCACUAGGGGUGGAAUGUAUGUUUUUCAAUUAUUCGAUUAUUAUGGUGCAAGUGGAAUGUGUUUACUUUGGUAUUGCUUCUUUCAAGCGAUUGUUGUUGGAUGGAUUUACAAAUCUGAAAAAUUGUAUGACAACAUUGAAAAAAUGAUUGGUUUUCGUAUUCCAAAAUUUUUCCAUUAUUGUUGGAAAUAUAUUACACCGGUUGUUAUUGGUGCAACAUUUGCAUUCUAUUUAGCUACAUAUAAAUCAAUCAAAUAUAAUGGUACAUAUGAAUAUCCAUGGUGGGGUAUUGUAUUUGGUUGGAUUUUAGCCUUAACAUCCAUUCUACAAUUACCGAUUUCAAUUCUUUACUUUUGGUUUACCGCUCCAAACAUACCAAAAAAAUGGACUUAUCUUAUAACUGGAAAUCAAAAUCUUGAUCAUGCUACACCGCAUAGAAAUUUUAAUGGCAAUGAUAAUAAUAAUAAUAUGAAUGGAAAAAUGAAAGAUAUUGAAAUUGGAUCAUAAUCAAUCAAUCAAUCAAUCAUUAAGAAAUUCAAUUACGAUUUUUAAAAUCAAAUUUAAACAGAAUAUUUACGUACAUCAAUAAGUUCAUAAUAUUCUCGGUGAUAAAAUUAUUAUUAUCUCAUUAUGAUAAUGAUGACCACAGAAACUUUAAAACCAAAUCGAAUCAAAAAAAAUUAUCGAACGAAAUCGUAUACACAAUAUAUUUUUUUGGAAAAUUUAAUCAUUUUUUUUUUGUUGCUCAUUUUGCCAUUAUUUCACAAAAUUCAUGUCUAUUUUUUUAGUGUGUGCUCGUGUGUUUGUUUGUGUGAUCAACAUUGGUAA